CUGUCAAUGAUUUACUGCAGCAUUUCGGAGCCCGGUGGGCUCCAUGCUCCUUCCAGCACUCCUGAAAACUUAAAAGCUUUGGUUUGCAGCUGACCUAUAGCAAACAUUUACAUAUGGCAGAGCAAUGUGGUGGGGCCUGGCUCAGCUCUGUCCCUGGAUCCUGUCUGUGUGCUCACUGGCUUUGACACCAGCCCAGGCGUGCAGGGAGCUCCAGGCAUUGCCUUCCCACAGAAGAAGCAGCAGAGAUGUUAAUUCUCCAGCUCCUGUUGACUGUCAGCUGAGCCAGUGGUCAGGAUGGACUGAUUGCUUCCCUUGCCAAGAGAAAAAACACCGGUACCGGCGGCUGCUGCAGCCAGCACAGUUCGGAGGGCGACGCUGCGCCGGGCACCUCUGGGAUGAGCAAGCCUGUCGAGCUGAGACAACCUGCUCGGGGCCACCAGGGUGUGGGCAGGACUUCCAGUGCGAGGAAACAGGGCGCUGCAUUCAACGGCAUCUCGUGUGCAACGGAGACAGAGACUGCAGAGAUGGGUCUGAUGAGGAUAAUUGUGAGGAUGAAGAUAUUGAAAGCCCUUGUGAACAUCUGUUCCCAAUCCCAGGGGUGGAAAAAGUAGUCCAAGGGUACAACAUCCUGACACAGGAAGGGAGGCAGAACGUCUACGACCCGGGGUUUUUUGGAGGGCUCUGUGAGUACGUGUACAAUGGGGAGUGGCGGGAGCUGCGCUACGACGCCGCCUGCGAGCGCCUGCACUACGGGGACGACGAGAAGCAUUUCCGCAAGCCUUACAACCUCCACGUGUACCAGUUCCUGGCUCAUGCUGAUUCUGGAUUUUCUUUUGAGUUUUAUGACGAUUCAAAGGACCUGCUUGACGCCCUUAAAAGUGAUAAAUCCAAAACAACGGGCUUCACCAUUGGAAUUGGGCCUGGAGGUGCAGAUCCCAUGUUAAACCUGGGCCUCACGUUAUCAGGUGGCAAAGGAACCCUGAAGAAUUUCACACAAUAUGAUGCAAAGGAUGUUGGAUUCAUUAGAGCUGUGACCAAGGUGCAGACAGCCCGCUUCAAGAUGAGAAGGGACAACAUUGUUUUGGAUGAGGAUGUGCUGCUCUCCCUGCAGGACCUCCCAGACACCUACAACUAUGGCAUGUACGCCAAAUUCAUCAAUGACUACGGCACCCACUUCAUGACAUCUGGCACCAUGGGGGGUGUCUUUGAGCACAUCCUUGUCAUCAAUAAGGAGGAAAUGAGAAGAAAAGCCAUCAGCAUGGAGGAGAUAAGUGCCUGUGUUGGCCUGUCCCUUGGCAUUACAGUCAGCAAGGAGAACCUGCACCUGGGAGCAACCCUGACACACUCUGACUGCAAACAGAAAGGACUCCUGAAUACUGAUGCCAAGAGCCACGGUGCAGUUGUGGAAGAUAUUAUUCCCCGGAUUAGAGGGGGAGAUACCAGUUACAGUGCAGGGCUCCUGAAGAGUUGGGAUGGCAAAAUGUAUCGGCACUGGGGCAGGUCAUUAAAAUAUAAUCCUGCUGUUAUUGAUUUCCAGCUGCAGCCCAUCCACGAAAUCCUCCGCAGGAGCAGCCUGGGCCGCCUGGAGAGCAAGAGGCAGCACCUGAGGAGGGCUCUGGAUGAGUUCCUGCUGGAAUUCAGCCCCUGCCGCUGUGGGCCGUGCCACAACAACGGGGAGCCCGUGAUGGUGGGGGACACCUGCUCCUGCCUCUGCCGCCCUGGCUACAGAGGAGCUGCCUGCCAGCACACCGAGCGCCCAGGUGGAGAGACGGACGGGCGCUGGAGCUGCUGGUCGGGCUGGUCGCCGUGCCAGGCGGGGACGGCGCGGCGCAGCCGGCACUGCUCCAACCCUGCCCCGCAGCACGGCGGGCAGCCCUGUGCUGGCAGAGACCUCCAGAGCAGAGCCUGCUGAAAGCACCAGGUGCCUGGG